AAUUUCUCGAGCAACUCUAUGGAAAUGACCUGACCUUCUCGGAACCUUCUGUGUUAAGGAAAACCAAAAAUAUCUUGAGUUUCAUUUUUGGGACCCUUAAUUUUUUUUUUAUCCUCUUAUCGUUUCCCUUUGUUUCAUAAAAUUUCAAUUUCCCGAGAAAAUUUUCUCGAUCGAUUCCACUCCCCAGAAACGAGAGCUCGUUCUUGUCGGCAGUGUAUAACUUUCUCGAUUCUGAUUUCAUCUGACGACUUUUUUUCGUUAGCAUUUUCUGGAUUUUGGUUUGAUCGGCGAAAGAAAAAUGGGGCAACAGCAAUCGAAAGGGGAAUUGCUGUAUCAGCAAGUGAGUUACGGUAACGCGGAAGGGAUUCGAGCUCUUCGUCGAGAUGGUGCAGACCUCGAGUGGAUGGAUAGAGAAGGGAAAACACCUUUGAUCUUGGCUUGCAUGAACUCGGAGCUAUAUGAUGUCGCGAAGACUUUGAUCGAAUUGGGCGCCAAUGUUAAUGCUUAUCGUCCUGCUCGUCAUGCUGGGACUCCUCUGCAUCAUGCUGCAAAAAGAGGUCUUGAGAACACUGUUAAGUUGCUUCUUUCGCAUGGUGCAAAUCCACUUGUUCUCAAUGAUGAUUGUCAAACACCACUUGAGGUCGCUAGAGUCAAAGGAUUCAGCAAUGUCGUACGUGCAAUCGAGAGUCACAUCUGCUUGUUCUCUGGAUGGAUGCGUGAGUUUUACGGCCCUACCUUUCUUGAUCUAUUUGCUCCUCAGCUUCUUUCAAGAAGAGUAUGGGUAGUCAUCGUACCAACUGGUUCAAGAAACCCUACAAAGCCUUUCAAGCUUGAGCUGGUUGUGUACGCUAGUCUGCAGGAUGCACAGCCACGCACGGUGAUGCCACUGUGGAAAGCAAACUUGGAGGAACCAAAAGCGAAGCAGUCUGAUACUUCAGUGAUGAUUGUUGAUAACUCCGCAAUCCCAAGCCGCAGGAGGCAAAGACGAAGGGCCUGCGCCUCCCACGGGAGGCGUAGGCCUCAAUUAGUUAGGCAAACACGUCUUAAACUUGCUCCCUCCAUUGAAGGUGAUGGACAACAGCUUAAGUGGUUUUGUGAUGCAUGUAAAGGAAUCCCACAGCCAAUGCAUCCUCCAAUCUUUCUCCAAACAGCACCAUCUGCACCACCACUUCACUCUGCUAACAGUGAGACACCAAAUAUCAGUCACCAUUUCAUCGGUGAAGCAAGUUCAUCAACCGCUCCAAGCUCAUCAACUGCACCACCUCCUCCUCCUCCUCCGCACUCAGGAAAAGCAAGCGGCUCGGGUUACAACAGCCAUGAAAGUGUUGUUAUCCAAGAACCUUCACCAUCAGCACCUCCAUUGACAGCUGAUGGUACAGAGACCAUAGAGGAAGGUCCGAUUCAUUACCCAUCAAUCGAUUCAACACCUGUCGAUGUUCCAUCUCCUUCUUCUCUACCAGCUUCAGCAUCUGGUGAAAAGAAUGAAGACGGGAGCUCUGGACAGUGUUCGAUAUGUCUCGACGCUCCAUCUGAAGCGGUUUGUGUCCCUUGUGGUCAUGUCGCUGGAUGCAUGUCUUGCUUAACCGAGAUCAAAUCCAAGAAAUGGGGAUGUCCGGUUUGUCGCGCCAAGAUCGAUCAGAUCAUUAAACUGUACCGUGUCUGAAAUUAGACAGGUAACAACGACAGCUCCACGUGAUUAUAUGAUACUAUCUCUCUCCUUCAUUGUGUUGUGAGAUUAAAAACUUUUUCAACCAUUGAAACUGUAUCUCUCUCUAUUUCUCAACCAAAGUGAAAAUACCAUAUUCUGUCUUAAACAAUAUGUUUAUACAAUUCGAAUUUAAAAACAGUCCCUGUGUUUUUUGUAUAUAUGUUUUGGACGAAUUGAAGAAUGUAAAGAAUCUACAAUAUUUUUUAUUUAUAGUUAAUGGUAUCAAAUCUUGGGUGUACUGUAUUUUUAUUUACUUGAAUUAUUGUAAUGAAUCGUGGAUUGGUUCCCAAAAGUAAGAACAGCAUAAGUUAAUCAUUGUACGGAAAAGAUGAAUGGUUAACAUACAGUUUGUGUCCAAAUAACUUUUCCGUUAAUUACUCAAUUAUCG